AUGGGGUCGCUGCCAGCUGUUCGCGUGACUCAAUCAUACACCUUUGAAAAUGUUGGCAUCGACUUCCCUGGGCCGUUCUAUCUGCAACGACCUAGUCCCCGCUCUUCACUGAAAAGCUACGUGGCCGUCUUUGCAUGCAUGGCCACAAAGGCAUCAUAUCUCGAGCUUGUCUGCGAGCUCAUGGCAGCUUCAUAUGGAUGCUUCAUAGCGAGGCACGGUCGUCCGCAACACAUCUAUUGUGAUAACGCCACGAAUUUUGUGGGCGCCGGACGAGAAAUACGCAACCUAUUUCGCUCUCAGCAGCAUCGUCACUCAGUGUCCAACGAGACUUCCUCCCAGUCGAUACAAUUCCACUUUAUACCGGCCAAAUCUCCCAACUUUGGUGGUCUGUGGGAGGCUUGCGUAAAGUCAAUGAAGCAUCAUCUUCGUCGAGUCAUCGGAAGCGCAAACUUGCCACGUGACGCUUUUUGUACCGUUCUCGCUCAGGUGGAAGCAUGCCUGAAUUCACGGCCCAUCACUCCACUGUCCAGUGACCCAAACGACUUGCAAGCCCUAACGCCUGGGCAUUUCCUAAUAGGGCGGGCCUUGAAUGUCCUCCUGAAUCCCAACUACACCGUUAUUCCUGAAAAUCGACUUCGUCUUUGGAAACGUGUUCAACGCCACACUCAACAAUUCGGGACAAGGUGGCACCAAGAGUAUCUCACAAUCCUUUAUCAACGAUACAAGUGGUCGACUGUUAACCGCAAAUCAACUGUCGGGGCUAUGGUCAUAAUCCAGGAAGAAACCCUUCCAGUCCUUAAAUCGUCGCUGGGGCGAGUGGUUGAUAUUCAUGCAGGCGCAGAUCAAAUGGUGCGUGUAGCCACGGUGAAGUUGCCAUCCGGAAUUCUUACAAAGGGCUCCAUUUCAAGGCUGUGUAUCUUACCAGUCGAGAUAGAUCCAGCGAUUCUUCAAGGUUCAAGUCGAAGUCCCUGGGCUGGUACCUCGACACAUUCCACAGGGUCAUCUGGCGAUCCUGGUGCCCUCAGUGCCCCUGCUGGUGCAGCUGGCCCAACCCACGAAGACGUUCCAAGUGAAGUUCAAGGUGGCCGGUGUGUUAAAUAG